CCCUGUACUCGACCUUGAACCAGGCGCACGAGUUUAAAUACCACGCGCGGAACGCAAUUCCGCUGUUCUCGAGGUUCUCCCGUCUGUACCAUCCCCUCCGCCACCGACACCCAGGCCCGGAGUCCGCCUUUGGUGGUCUGAAUCUCAACCCCAUCCCAGAGACCUUCUCUCGCACAGAGAGAGACAGCGUGCUAUGGACGAGAAGACGGUGAUACAGGCCACUGCGGCCGCGGGGACGGUCCAUCCGUUCGCCGAAAGCAACCCGCCCAUCGAGCACACCGCAGACCUCAAGCAUCACAAUGUCGAGGUCGAGAAGGCCGCGACCGAGGAGGAGGAGAUUGAGGAAGACCUCUACCGGCCCUUGCUGAUGGACCCCGGUAUUCCCCACGAGGAGAACCCGUUAACCAUCAGGGCUGUGGUAGUCGGCUGCAUUCUCGGCGCCCUGGUUUGCGCCUCCAACUUGUACCUGGGUUUAAAGACAGGCUUCACCUUUAGCGCCAACAUGUUCGGCGCCAUCUUCGGCUAUGGCAUUUUGAAAUUCCUCGACAAAGCCGGGAAGAUGCCCAUCAUUGGCGGCGUCUUCGGUCCCCAAGAGAACUCGAUUGUCCAGGCCGCGGCUACGGGUGCUGGCGGCACCGGCGGCAUCUUCGUCGCUGCGAUUCCCGCCAUGUAUCGCCUUGGUGUGAUGGGCGAGGGACACACGCCCUCGACCGAUAUCGGUGCCAUCUUCACCAUCACUCUGGUCUGCUCCUUUAUUGGCAUCUUUUAUGCCACGCCGCUCCGCAAGUUCUUCAUCAUCCAGGUUGCCCGGGAGCUUAAGCUCAUGUUUCCCACGGCGACUGCCGUUGCUUUGACCAUCCGCUCCAUGCAUGCUGGUGCCACUGGCAGCAUCAACGCCAUCAAGAAGCUCAAAUGCCUCAUGAUCUGCUUCGUCGGCGCAAUGUGCCACCGAGUCGCAUCCUACUAUGCUAUUGGCAUUCUCUACGACUGGCACGUCUUCACCUGGAUCCAUAUUUGGAGUGGAUACACCAGCUGGGCGCUGAAUAUCGAGUCGUGGGGUUGGUAUUUCGAGUGGACACCGGCCUUUAUUGGUUCGGGCAUCCUCAUCGGUCUGAAUCCCGCCAUCUCCAUGUUUGCCGGCUCCGUCAUCGCUUGGGGUAUUAUUGGCCCCACCCUGGUACACUACGGCGAGUGCAUUGGGAAACAGCUCGCGCCGGAAGACCCUCAGUGGGAUUCGCUAUACUCAUUCACUUCCCUGAGCAACCUCGGCAAGGGGCCACCGUCCCCUCGGUACUGGCUCCUCUGGCCGGGUGUCAUGGUCAUGGUUUGCUGCUCAAUGGCCGAGCUAUUUGUGCAGUACAAAGUCAUUUGGAGCGGCGUCAAGUCGCUCUGGCAUUCAUCGUGCGAGUCCAUUAACGACACUCUCACAGCUAAGGGCAAGUCGAGCGCCUUCUUUGCCAAGCACGGCGCCCCUAUGGUCAAGUCAGAGGAUCAUGUCGAAGACCCCUUCCCACCCGAGCAGCAGGUCAGGAACUGGAUGUGGCUUGUCGGUCUGCUGGUCACGCUGGUUCUCGGCAUGAUCGUCUUCCACUUCCAGUGGGAGAUGCAUCCGGGCCUGACAAUUCUGGGCAUCCUUCUCGCCUUUCUCUUCUCGUUUCUUGCCAUCCAGAUUGGUGCUGUUACCGACACCACGCCACUCACGGCCGCCGCCAAAGCGUCGCAGCUUGUCUUUGGCGCUGCCACAGCGAAUCAUGGUUACACGAUCCAACACGCCCAGAAACUCAACUUGGCAGCUGGUGCACUUGCCUCGGGCGGUGCCGAUAUGUCCAAUGCGCUGGUGAGCGACUUUAGAACGGGCUUCCUCAUAGGCACUUCGCCCAUCAAGCAGUGGAUUGCCCAGUCCAUCGGCAGCUUUAUCUCCGUGUGGCUCGGGCCCGGGCUUUUUGUCCUAUUCACCUCAGCUUAUCCCUGCAUCUGGGACCCCAAUGCGGAUGCGGAUCACUGCCAGUUCCAGGUUCCCUCCGUGUCGGCAUGGGCAGCUGUCGCGCAGGCCGUGACUGAUCCGAACGUCAAGAUCCCACUAACCAGCGGCAUUUUUGCUAUUGUCAUGGGCGUCGUCUCCAUCAUCCAGGUUGUUGUGAGGCACUUUUACCUGGUUGGGCCGCGCGAAAAGUACCGUGAAUGGCUACCCAACUGGGGCGCCAUCGCCCUGUCCUGGGUCAUUCCUGCACCAGUCUUCGCCAAUGCUGCCCUUCUUGGCGCCAUCAUUGCCGCAGUCUGGAGGAAGUACAGCAUGAGGACCUGGGACAUUUACGGUUAUGCCGUUGCUGCUGGUUUCAUUGCUGGCGAGGGUCUCGGUGGCGUCGUCGGUGCCAUCCUCACGCUUGCCGGUGUAGACGGCUCUGUCAAAGGCACAAUGAUCGCCUGCCCCUUGAACUCGUGCUAAACGCACAAUCGUUAGGAAGAACGGCCUGGCUUGCUUGGGGGGGCUUUUCAUCAAACCAGGUCGUACACCGCCACACGUCUCAUAUACCCUCUGCCGUUUUUGUUUCGCAACAUGCAGUUAGCAAUGAUAGCGAUGAUGAGAAUCACAUAAUAAGGCUUGAUGCCUGAUAAUCACCCACUUAGCAGCCGUAGUUGUGCAGACUGAUGUAUAUGGCUGACGGUCCACCGUUUCCGCCCUCAGAUU